ACCUGCCUCCCUGCACCCAGUCCCCGCGGCCUGAGCCUGCUGUGUCCCUCGUCCUCGGCACCCCCAAUUCUCCCCCAGUGGCGAGGGAAGAGCCUAGAGUCUGCCUUCUGCUGAGCUGUGUGUCAGGUGGAUUUCCAGCCUGCACCCUCCCUCUGGGCAGAGCUAGGUUUAUAGGCACCCAAGGGCUACGGCUGCUCAAGCUACCAGAAGGGGCCUCGCCCUAGGGGGCCAGCCCCCGGUGUCUUCUCCUGACCUUAUUCCUGUCAGGCAGCUACUGUGUGCAGAGCAUCUAUAGGGAACUCACGGACAUCCGCUCCCCUGCUUGCUUCCGUUAGGGGCCAGCUCUUCUUAUAGGGACCUCCCACAUGUGAAGAUCUGUGUCAGGCAGGAGCCAGAGGCCCGCACCCUCAAGAAAACCUGUGAGGGGGAGUAGACAGGGUGAGCUUUACAGAGGCGCCAAGCCCCACAUGCUAUCGAGCAGGCCUCAGUCAAGCAUAGGGGCGAGGCCAAGAGAGGACUGGAAAAUGGGGUGGGGGACCCCCACCCUCUCCCUGGUGUGCAGAGGGGACUCUGGAGGGCUGUUCACCUGUGGGUGACCCUGGCACGGUUCCUAGAACAGGCGGACACACAGACGGGCCCUCCACUCUGGGUUAUCCAUGCAGCGCCUCUGCUGGCUUCUCCCUGCCCCUCCCCAGCACCCUCUGGGGUCAGGCCCGAAGUGAACCAGUGGGGAGCUGGUCCUGCUGUCCUGCUUAGUACCCCCAGGUGUGGGGCCCAGGAGGUCGGAGCUCUUUGAACACCUGCCUAGGAAAGUCAACAACCAGGCUGGGGCCUCCUGUCCAGCUAUAGCUUCUUUUGAGACCAGAGACAGAGGUAGCAGAGGGCAGGGUUGUAUUCAUUUUUUUUUUAAUUUUUAUUUUUUUUAGAGACAGGGUCUCACUCUGUCACCGAGGCUGGAGGGCAGUGGCACAGUCUUAGCUCACGGCAGCCUCGACCUCCUGGACUCAAGCAAUCCUCCCACCUCAACCUCCCAAAGUGCUGGAACUACAGGCAUGAGCCACCACACCAAAACAAAUUUUAAAAUUUUUUGUAGAGACGGGGGGUCUUGUUAUGUUGCCCAGGCCGGUCUCCAACUCCUGGGCUCAAGAGAUCCUCCUGCCUCAGCCUCCCAAAAUGCUGGGAUUACAGACGUCAGCCACUGGCAUUCUCCCUGCAUGUUUCCUACACCCAUGAGACAGAUGUGGGUGCUGUCCCGCCCUCCAACAGACAAGCCACUAACUUCAGGUCACCCAGAGUCCCACCCUCCAACAAAUGGACGAGCUACUACAGGUCGCCAGAGUCCCACCCUCCAACAAGAGGACAAACCACUAACUUCAGGUCACCCAGAGAGUGACAAGGGGGACUGCUCCAUGUGGGCAGCUGGUGCUUUUUGAACUUGGUUUCAUCUACAGUGACCUGGGGUAACCCAAUUCCUCACCUUCAAGUCACUUACAGUCUAGUGGAAACAAAACCCAACACAAUUUCAGUUACUGUCUGGUGUUUUGAAGGGAGUGGAACAGAUGAACUUGAGGGGCAGGGGGAAGCAGUUUGGUGAGAAGGUCUCCUGGAGGAGGCGAUGGACAAGAAGGGGUUAAUGGGCUUCAUGAGAUGCUGGCAGAGGACGUUCCUGGGAACAGGAGCAGAGCAUGCAAAGGGUUCGAGGCAGAGCCCCACUUGAAGGGGGAUCGGCUGCAGUGACAGCUUCUAAUACCCACGACCCACUCCUUCAACCCUCAUAACCGUGCCUUAAGGGGAUUGUGACUGGCUCCAUUUCUUCCUCUUUUUAAUUUUUUUUUUAGAGACUGGGUCACACUCUGUCAGCCAGGUUGGAGUGUAGUGGCGCGAUCAUGGCUUACUGCAGCCUCGAACUCUGGGCUCCACCUAUCCUCCUGCUUCAGCCCCCUCAAGUAGCUGGGACUACAGGCAUGCACCACCAUACCCAGCUCAUUUUUUUUAACAUUUUUGUAGAGAUGGGGAUCUCACUAUGUGGCCCAGGCUGGUCUCGAACUCCUGACCUUACACUAUCCUUCUAUCGGCCUCCCAAAGUGCUGGGAUUACAGGUGUGAGCCACCACACCUGGCCCAGCCCCAUUUCCCAGAUGAUGAAAGUGUGGCACAGAGAGGUUAGACAAGUUGCCCCAAGGUGACAUGGCUGGCAGAGGAGCCAGGGAGUCCCACCCCAGAGCCCUGGAUUUUGACCACUCUGCUGAUGGGAAGGAGGCAUGAGCCAGUGCACAGUUUAUGAAGUCGCGUAAACUGAGAGCAGGAGUUAGAAGUCAGUCAACCAUGUAAUGGGAGUCCUCAAGGGACAGCUAGGCGUUUCUACAGCCAAGCACAUAUUUGGCCCCAAGCACAUGAAGGCACGCAACAGAUAAACCAGUGAUCACUUGAUUUUGAUUUGCAAGCAGGCAGUAGGAAAUAAAUUGCAAAGGUGGAGGCCGGAUGCGGUGGCUCACGCCUAUAAUCCCAGCACUUUGGGAGGCCAAGGUGGGCAGAUCACUUGAGGUCGGGAGUUUGAGACCGGCCUGACCAACAUGGAGAAACCCCAUCUCUACUAAAAAUACAAGAUUAGCCAGGUGUGGUGGCGGGCACCUAUAAUCCCAGCUACUUGGGAGGCUAAGGCAUGAGAAUCAUUUGAACCCGGGAAGCGGAGGUUGCGGUGAGCUGAGAUCGCGCCAUUGCACUCCAGCCUGGACAACAAGAAUGAAACUCCAUCUCAAAAAAAAAGAGAAAAAUUUGCAAAGGUGAGGGUCCAUCCUCAUUGCUAGGGUGCCCUUUGCCCUCUGCCCUUUGCCCUUCCCCUGCCCCAACUCUUCUGUUUUUCAGCAGGAAGAGGGUGGGCUGGGCUCAAGCAGGUGGUGGCAAGUGGCUGACCUGCAGGUGGGCUCUGUGUUUGCACCAGCUGGGCUGUUAGGAGAGGCAGGCGUGAGACGACCCCAGCUGGGGGGUGUUGAACUUGGCACUAUGGGGUGAGGAUUAACCACAGCAGCCCAGGCUACUUCUCAGUUCCCUUAUCACCUCCUGAACCCCCCCCCUCCCCGGCAAUGAAUGUUAAUAAACCCCACCCUUCUUCCCUCUCCCUUUCCCCCAGCUCACUCCAGUCAAGGGAGAGAGUCUGACAGUUUAGGUCAACUGAGGCUAAGCCACAAAAAGGGCCCCUGCCCCCAUUCUUGUGACACUUGCUCCGUUUCUGUGAGUCCUUUAUCUCAGCUGACGUGGAUGGCAGUGGUUUUGACAGUAUCCCUGCUGGUAGCCAUUCCCUUUUUAUAAACUGGGACCCUGAAACCAGAGAAGUGAAGGGACUUGCCACAGGUCACACAGCGUAUAAGGACCAGGGCAAAGGGGCGGGGAUAAAAUCAAGGGCUCCAUGCUGCCUCCCCACUUGGGGCCCACCACUGGCUUCCCCAUGGGCAUAAAGGAGCAAACCAAGUUAGAAGGCCAGGCCUGCAGGUACCCAACAGGAAGGGACAAGGAGCCACAGCUGUCUUGCCUGUGACACAGGCCAUCCAGCCAUGCCCAGAGCUAACCCCCUGGCUAAGCCCUGAGGCCCAGCUUGACUGCUGGCAUCUGUUACCAUGGAGACCCAGGCUGGCCUGAGGGCUGGGCCAGUGAUGGCAGGCCCUGUCCCCAUGGAUAGAAACAUGUGCUUGGGCUCAGAGGCCUUGAGUGGCUCCCACUGUCCCCAUGGCCAGUAAGUCCCGACAGCAUAAAUUGGAAUCGUUACCUACCUUUCGCCCCCCAGCUGACACCUCCACCAACCCAAGGCCUGAGCUGUCCCCUCCACGUGUCUGUGCUCUCUUUAAUGCCCUGCCUGGGGGCUGGGAGCGGUGAGGAUGUGGAUGUCAGGUUGAAGGUUUCUCAGGGAAUGAGCCAGAGCUGCCAGAAGAGGCAGAGUGUAACCCAGACUGCAGAUGAUGGGAAGAACGCGGAACGGAAGUGACCCGAAGGAUCCGCAGGGGGAAAGCAGAGAGGUGGGCACGCGGGCACCUGGUGCCUUGUCCCAGCCAUGCCACCAGCUAGCUGUGAGGCUUUGGGCGAGUCCCUUGCCCUCUCUGGCUCUCAUCCAAGGAAUGAGGAAGUUGGAACAAAUGAUGAAUCCCUAAGACCCCUUCUAGCUUUGACAUUCUUUGAGUUGCAUUCCAAAACCCUGGACUCCCCCAGGUAAGCAAGGCCAGGGCUCGCCCCAUCCUCCCCACACAAGCUCAGGCUGCACCCACUCCUGGGCUGGGUUCCCGAGGAAGAGCCUGCGGAGAGGAGACCCCGGAGCUGCCUGCACUGGUCAGUGCAUGGGGGCAGGGGUGGCAGACCGCUUUGUGGAUUGAUGGAGCUCAGGAAGGUGAGAAGGGACCCACAGGUGAGAGUUUCGCCCCCCGGUCAUCUCUUUAGGUAAAUAAAUCCACAUCCGCCACUUCCCCUUCCCUUCCCACCCUGGGGGCGCUGAGAACUCCAGGGAGCCCAGAGCUGAGGCCUGAGCUCUGCUUGCUCACACUGGGUCUUCCCUCAGAGACCCCCAAGCCCUCCUAUCUUCUGCAGUCACCGUCAGCCACUUUUCUGUAGAGAGGGAACAGCAUGGAGCUCUCUGUUCACCAGUCUCCAGGACCUCGGAUUCCACCUUUAAUCCUGAAAACCCAGGAAGGCUUCUGUAUCCCUACAAUGAAGCAGGUUUGGGGAUGGAUCUGGAGGGUGGCAACUCAAUCCAUGCAGAACAGAAGAAGCAUGGACUUUUCCAUUCUGGCUAUUCCAUUCACUAGCUGGGCCAUUCUGAGCAAACUACCUCCCAAUGUGCCUCAGUUUCCUCAUCUGCAAAAUGGGCUAGUCGCUGGCAUUGUACCGAGCAGUAUGAGACCGGAGGUCAUGGGAAGAGGCUGGUAGGCACUUCAUCCCAGGCAGCUGCUCAGGACAUGGGACACAGGGAGGGGACUCCGAGCUGCUCCUAGCUCAGAGAGGCUCUAGGGACAGGCACUGGAAGGAAGGGGAUGCAGAAUGGUGAGUGGAGCUGGGUCUCAGAACACAGACAUCUUGAAGUCUGCUAUGUGCUGAUUUCACACUUGACCCCCCAACACCCUGAGGCAUUACUGUCCUCAUUUCUCAGAUGGAACUACAGAGGCCCAAGGAAAAGGGGCUUAGGCCAGGACACCCAGCUCUUCUCCAAGUGUCUGUCUCAGGCCAGCUUUUGCAACUCUCCAUUGGGAUUCUUCCUAGACCUCCUUCUGUACCUGCCAACCCACCUCUGACCCCCAACCUGUUGCGCCCAGUAUUUGCUGCCGGUCAGGACAGCCUUAACCCCUCCUUCCCGGGCAAUCAGCUGCUCCAAGCCAAGCCCACCCCUGCCCCCUGGAGGGAGGCGGCUCCUUUUAAGGCUGCUUCUGGGAAUUUCCACUCCAGAGCCAGAACCAGAGACCCCAGCCCCACUUGACACCUGCAGCUCACCCUUGGGGAGGUGGGGCGCCAGACCUGAGUGCAGGAGACGCAGACCUGGAGGGGCUCCCCCUCCCUGGCCUGCCACACAUCGAGUUUGUCUGCGUCGAGUUUGGCCAGUCUGUGAGGGUCAGGAAUAGAGCAGGAGACGGCAGGGCCACCUCCUUCAGAAGGCCCCCACCGCUCCAUCCCUGCACUGGGUGGCCCAGGAGAGACUGGCAGCCCAGAGGGCACAGCGCGCACGCCCCCACCCGCAUCUGCUUUGCAGCCUCACUGGCCAGGAAGGUGGACACCUCAUACCUCAGUCUCCCAAUUACGCCCUCCUCCUCCCCCUCCUCCUCCCUCUUUUCUCUCCUCCUCCUCCUCCCCUUUCUCUCCUCCUCGCCCCCCUGAAAACCUGUGGCUCGGAGAGACCUUGGCUUCUCUGGGACUCUACCCCUGGGGACUUCCCACAUCUGCUCCUGAGCUUGGGGGCAGGGGGGCAACCGCCUGAGGAACCUCUCCAGCGAUGGGAGCCGCCCGCCUGCUGCCCAACCUCACUCUGUGCUUACAGCUGCUGAUUCUCUGCUGUCAAACUCAGGGGGAGAAUCACCCGUCUCCUAAUUUUAACCAGUACGUGAGGGACCAGGGCGCCAUGACCGACCAGCUGAGCAGGCGGCAGAUCCGCGAGUACCAACUCUACAGCAGGACCAGUGGCAAGCACGUGCAGGUCACCGGGCGUCGCAUCUCCGCCACCGCCGAGGACGGCAACAAGUUUGCCAAGCUCAUAGUGGAGACGGACACGUUUGGCAGCCGGGUUCGCAUCAAAGGGGCUGAGAGUGAGAAGUACAUCUGUAUGAACAAGAGGGGCAAGCUCAUCGGGAAGCCCAGCGGGAAGAGCAAAGACUGCGUGUUCACGGAGAUCGUGCUGGAGAACAACUAUACGGCCUUCCAGAACGCCCGGCACGAGGGCUGGUUCAUGGCCUUCACGCGGCAGGGGCGGCCCCGCCAGGCUUCCCGCAGCCGCCAGAACCAGCGCGAGGCCCACUUCAUCAAGCGCCUCUACCAAGGCCAGCUGCCCUUCCCCAACCACGCCGAGAAGCAGAAGCAGUUCGAGUUUGUGGGCUCCGCCCCCACCCGCCGGACCAAGCGCACACGGCGGCCCCAGCCCCUCACGUAGUCUGGGAGGCAGGGGGCAGCAGCCCCUGGGCCGCCUCCCCACCCCCUUCCCUUCUUAAUCCAAGGACUGGGCUGGGGUGGCGGGAGGGGAGCCAGAUCCCCGAGGGAGGACCCUGAGGGCCGCGAAGCAUCCGAGCCCCCAGCUGGGAAGGGGCAGGCCGGUGCCCCAGGGGCGGCUGGCACAGUGCCCCCUUCCCGGACGGGUGGCAGGCCCUGGAGAGGAACUGAGUGUCACCCUGAUCUCAGGCCGCCAGCCUCUGCCGGCCUCCCAGCCGGGCUCCUGAAGCCCGCUGAAAGGUCAGCGACUGAAGGCCUUGCAGACAACCGUCUGGAGGUGGCUGUCCUCAAAAUCUGCUUCUCGGAUCUCCCUCAGUCUGCCCCCAGCCCCCAAAACUCCUCCUGGCUAGACUGUAGGAAGGGACUUUUGUUUGUUUGUUUGUUUCAGGAAAAAAGAGGAAAAUAGAGGGUUGUCCACUCCUCACAUUCCACGACCCAGGCCUGCACCCCACCCCCAACUCCCAGCCCCGGAAUAAAACCAUUUUCCUGCAAA